GCUCCGAACCCCUCCAUGGCUGGGGACACCCCGGGGUCCCCACCGCUGCCAGCAAACCCCGUUCCAGCCGAGAGCCCCGCGGGGCCGGCGCGAGCGGCCACUUACCAGCUUCCUCUGGUUGCUGAGGCAGAAAGUGCAGAUCUGUUUGGGCUGGGAGUUCUCGGAGUCGCGCGCGGCGGGGCUGCCGCCGCCGUGGUGGUAGAAGGCCGGGGUGGUGUGGCAGGGCUGCCCGUCCCCGCACGCCUCCCCCACCAGCAGCACGUUCCCCAGGUGCGAGAUGUAGCUGGAGGCCAGUCUCAAGGUCUCGAUCUUGGAGAGCUUUCUGUCGGCCGGCUCGGUGGGGAUGAGCGUGCGGAGGGCGGUGAAGGCGGUGUUGACGCUGUUGGUGCGGUCACGCUCCCGCGCGUUGGCCGUGUGCCGCUGCCGGGGCUCCCUGCUGAGCCGGUUGGGUUUCUUGCCGCUCCUGCGUUUGCCGGCCUUGAUGCCGUAGCCGUCGGCGUCCAUGUGGUAGGGCUUCUCGUCGGAGCCGGAGCUCUCGCUGCCGUUCUCCUCGUCCUCCGACAGCAUGCUGAUCUCGGGGUACAGGACAUUCGCAACACGGUGGGCAACAUCCCCAUGGAGUGGUACCAGGACUUCCCCCACAUCGGCUACAACCUGGACGGCAAGAAGAUCUACAAGCCCAUCCGGAACAAGGACGAGCUGGACAUGUUCCUGGAGAAGAUGGAGAACCCCGAGUACUGGCGAACGGUCCAGGACAAGAUGACGGGCGCAGACAUCAAGCUGACAGACGAGCAGGUGGAGCUGGUGCAUCGGCUCCAGAGAGGGCAGUUUGGGGACGUCCACUUCGACCCCUACGAGCCGGCUGUUGACUUCUUCACCCACGAGGUCAUGAUCCACCCGGUGACGAAUCGGCCAGCGGACAAGCGGAGCUUCAUCCCCUCCCUCAUCGAGAAGGAGAAGGUCUCCAAGCUGGUCCACGCCAUCAAGAUGGGCUGGAUCAAGCCCCGCAAGCCCAAGGAUGAUACACCCACCUACUACGACCUCUGGGCCCACGAGGAUCCCAACUCCAUCCUGGGCCGCCACAAGAUGCACGUCCCGGCCCCCAAGAUGAAGCUGCCUGGGCACGAGGAGUCCUACAACCCGCCCCCCGAGUACCUGCUCAGCGAGGAGGAGAAGCUGGCGUGGGAGCAGCAGGAGCCGGCCGAGCGGAAGCUGAACUUCGUGCCGCAGCAGUACCGGUGCCUGCGCGCCGUGCCCGCCUACCCGCGCUUCAUCCACGAGCGCUUCGAGCGCUGCCUGGACCUCUACCUCUGCCCGCGGCAGCGCAAGAUGCGGGUGAACGUGGACCCCGAGGACCUGAUCCCCAAGCUGCCGAAGCCACGGGACCUGCAGCCCUUCCCGACCACCCAGGCGCUGAUCUACCGCGGCCACAGCGGCCUGGUGCGGUGCCUCAGCGUCUCUCCCAGCGGGCAGUGGCUGGUCUCAGGCUCGGAUGACGGCACGGUGCGGUUCUGGGAGGUUUGCACCGCGCGCUGCAUGAAGACGCUGCCCGUGGGCGGCGUGGUGAAGAGCGUCGCCUGGAACCCCAACCCCACCGUCUGCCUGGUGGCCGUGGGCGUGGAGCAGUCGGUGCUGCUGGUGAACCCCUGUCUCGGGGACAAGCUGCUCUACGGGGCCACCGACCAGCUGCUCGAGUCCUACGUGGCGCCGGAGGAGGAGCGAGUGCAGCCGGUGCAGUGGGUGACGGCCACCGCGGAGCAGCACGGCAAAGGCGUCCGGCUGCUGGUCCAGCACAGCAAGGCCGUGAAGCAGGUGACCUGGCACGGCAAAGGCGACUACUUCGCCAGCGUCGUGUCUGACAACAGCAACAUGCAAGUGCUGAUCCACCAGACCAGCAAGCGCUGGAGCCAGAACCCCUUCCGCAAGAGCAAGGGGCUGGUGCAGUGCGUCCUCUUCCACCCCAUCCGCCCCUACUUCUUCGUGGCCACCCAGCGCUACGUCCGCGUCUACAACCUCCUCAAGCAGGAGCUCACCAAGAAGCUCAUGACGAACUGCAAGUGGGUGUCCAGCAUGGCCAUUCACCCCGGAGGUGACAACAUCAUCUGCGGCAGCUAUGACAGCAAGCUGGCCUGGUUUGACCUGGACCUCUCCACCAGACCCUACCAGCUGCUGCGGCACCACAAGAAAGCGCUGCGGAGCGUGGCCUUCCACAAGCGCUACCCGCUCUUCGCCUCGGCCUCGGACGACGGCACCGUCAUCGUGUGCCACGGCAUGGUCUACAAUGACCUGCUGCAGAACCCGCUGCUGGUGCCCGUCAAGGUGCUCAAGGGCCACACACCGACCCUGGACCUGGGCGUGCUGGCCGUGCUCUUCCACCCCACCCAGCCCUGGGUCUUCUCCUCGGGCGCCGACGGCACCGUCCGCCUCUACACGUAGCAUCACCCCCACCAAACUGCAAGGGGCAGCGCCGGGGCCCCCGCGCUCUGCCGGGAGCUCCGCACACGCUCCGGGGGCCUCUCUCAUUAAACUUGUUUGGAUACGA